GCCUGCGCGGCCGUGCGGGGCGUCCGCCCGAGGGGACCUGCUGCCCGGAGCUGUCCUCGGAGGAGCCUCUCGCCGCCCGCCGUGCGGGAAAGUGCUUCACCCUAACGCCGAGCGCACGCCCACCCCUCUCCCCUCUUUCUAGGCACCGCGCGUUUUUUCUCUUUUUUCUUUCGGGCGAAGUAACUUUUGCAUUCCCGCCUCCCCCGAGUCCUGGGGACCAGAGGCGGCGCCGAUCCUGGGGGCGGUUCCUUGGCAGCGUUGGUUCUUGUCAGAGCCAGACUUUUGCUCUUGGGCUGGGUUUGCAUCAUCCCCAUCACACCCUCAGGAGAGAGGAGCCGGCCCCUUUCAGCCUCAGCUUCCGGCUGGGAGCAGACCCCCCCUCCCCCAUCCCAGGCCCCUUCCCCUGCUCCAGCCCAUCUCCCGCAUUUCGUUAGUCCUCGCCCUCUACUCCGCAAUAUUUUCUUUCUCUCGUCCUCCUCGCCUCCAUUCGUUGUUUUACGUUUCCCACUCUUUGAGGAAGGAUGGUUGAUUUGGAGAGCGAAGUGCCCCCUCUGCCUCCCAGGUACAGGUUUCGGGAUUUGCUGCUAGGGGACCAAGGAUGGCAGAACGACGACAGGGUGCAAGUUGAAUUUUAUAUGAAUGAAAACACAUUUAAAGAGAGACUAAAGUUAUUUUUUAUCAAAAACCAGAGAUCAAGUCUAAGAAUACGUCUGUUCAAUUUUUCUCUCAAAUUAUUAAGCUGCUUUUUGUACAUAAUCCGAGUGCUACUAGAAAACCCUUCACAAGGAAAUGAAUGGUCUCAUAUCUUUUGGGUGAACAGAAGUCUACCUUUAUGGGGCUUACAGGUUUCAGUGGCAUUGAUAAGUCUCUUUGAAACAAUACUACUUGGUUAUCUCAGUUAUAAGGGAAACAUCUGGGAACAGAUUUUACGAAUACCCUUCAUCUUGGAAAUAAUUAAUGCGGUUCCCUUCAUUAUCUCAAUAUUCUGGCCUUCCUUAAGAAAUCUAUUUGUCCCAGUCUUUCUAAACUGUUGGCUUGCCAAACAUGCCUUGGAAAAUAUGAUUAAUGAUCUACACAGAGCCAUUCAGCGUACACAGUCUGCAAUGUUUAAUCAAGUUUUGAUUUUAAUAUCUACAUUACUAUGCCUUAUCUUCACCUGCAUUUGUGGAAUCCAACAUCUGGAACGAAUAGGAAAGAAGCUGAAUCUCUUCGACUCCCUUUAUUUCUGCAUUGUGACGUUUUCUACUGUGGGCUUUGGGGAUGUCACUCCAGAAACAUGGUCGUCCAAGCUUUUUGUUGUUGCCAUGAUCUGUGUUGCUCUUGUGGUUCUCCCCAUACAGUUUGAACAGCUGGCCUAUUUGUGGAUGGAGAGACAAAAGUCAGGUGGAAACUAUAGUCGACACAGAGCUCAAACUGAAAAGCACGUUGUUCUGUGUGUCAGCUCACUGAAGAUUGACUUACUCAUGGACUUUUUGAAUGAAUUCUAUGCUCAUCCAAGACUCCAGGAUUAUUAUGUGGUGAUUUUGUGUCCUACUGAAAUGGAUGUGCAGGUCCGAAGGGUCCUACAGAUUCCGAUGUGGUCACAAAGAGUCAUCUACCUUCAAGGUUCAGCCCUUAAAGAUCAGGAUCUGUUGCGAGCAAAGAUGGAUGACGCUGAGGCCUGUUUUAUUCUGAGCAGCCGUUGUGAAGUAGAUAGGACAUCCUCUGACCACCAAACAAUUUUGAGAGCAUGGGCUGUAAAAGAUUUUGCUCCAAAUUGCCCUUUGUAUGUCCAGAUCUUAAAGCCUGAAAAUAAAUUCCAUAUCAAAUUUGCUGAUCAUGUUGUUUGUGAAGAAGAGUUUAAAUACGCCAUGUUAGCUUUAAACUGUAUAUGCCCAGCAACAUCUACACUUAUUACACUACUGGUUCAUACCUCUAGAGGGCAAGAAGGCCAGCAAUCGCCAGAACAAUGGCAGAAGAUGUACGGCAGAUGCUCUGGGAAUGAAGUGUACCACAUCGUUUUGGAAGAAAGUACAUUUUUUGCUGAAUAUGAAGGGAAGAGCUUCACCUAUGCUUCCUUCCAUGCACACAAAAAGUUUGGUGUCUGCUUGAUUGGUAUUAGGAGGGAGGAUAAUAAAAACAUUUUGCUGAAUCCAGGUCCUCGAUGUAUUAUGAAUGCUACAGAUAUAUGUUUCUAUAUUAAUAUUACCAAAGAAGAGAAUUCAGCAUUUAAAAACCACGACCAUCAGAAAAAAAGCAAUGUAUCAAGGUCAUUUUAUCAUGGACCAUCUAGAUUACCUGUACAUAGCAUAAUUGCCAGCAUGGGUACUGUGGCCAUAGACUUGCAAGACACAAGCUGUAGGUCAGCAAGUGGCCCUACCCUGUCUCUUCCUUCAGAAGGAAACAAAGAAGUCAGAAGACCCAGCAUUGCUCCUGUUUUAGAGGUUGCAGAUACGUCAUCAAUUCAAACAUGCGAUCUUCUAAGUGAUCAAUCAGAAGAUGAAACUACACCAGAUGAAGAAAUGUCCUCAAAUGUGGAAUAUGCUAAAGGCUACCCACCUUACUCUCCAUAUAUAGGAAGUUCACCCACUUUUUGUCAUCUCCUUCAUGAAAAAGUGCCAUUUUGCUGCUUAAGACUAGACAAGAGUUGCCAGCAUAACUGCUAUGAGGACGCAAAAGCCUAUGGAUUCAAAAAUAAGCUAAUUAUAGUUGCAGCUGAAACAGCUGGAAAUGGAUUGUAUAAUUUUAUCGUUCCUCUCAGGGCAUAUUAUAGACCAAAGAAAGAACUUAAUCCCGUAAUACUGCUAUUGGAUAAUCCGCCAGAUAUGCAUUUUCUGGAUGCAAUCUGUUGGUUUCCAAUGGUUUACUACAUGGUGGGCUCUAUUGACAAUCUAGACGAUUUACUCAGGUGUGGAGUGACUUUCGCUGCCAACAUGGUGGUUGUGGACAAAGAAAGCACCAUGAGUGCCGAGGAAGACUACAUGGCAGAUGCCAAAACGAUUGUAAACGUGCAGACCCUUUUCAGGUUGUUUUCCAGUCUCAGUAUUAUCACAGAGCUCACCCACCCAGCCAACAUGAGAUUCAUGCAAUUCAGAGCCAAAGACUGUUACUCCCUUGCUCUUUCAAAGCUGGAAAAGAAAGAAAGAGAGCGAGGUUCUAAUUUGGCCUUUAUGUUCCGACUGCCUUUUGCUGCUGGGAGGGUGUUCAGUAUCAGCAUGUUGGACACGCUUCUGUACCAGUCAUUUGUGAAGGACUACAUGAUUUCUAUCACCAGACUUCUGUUGGGAUUGGACACUACACCAGGAUCGGGGUUUCUUUGCUCUAUGAAAAUCACCGAGGAUGACUUAUGGAUCAGGACUUAUGCCAGACUGUAUCAGAAGUUAUGUUCUUCUACCGGAGAUGUUCCCAUUGGAAUCUACAGGACUGAAUCUCAAAAACUUACUACAUCUGAGUGUCGAGAAAUAGCAUCACAAUCUCAAAUAUCCAUCAGUGUGGAAGAGUGGGAAGACACCAAAGACGCCAAAGAGCAAGGUCACCACCGAAGUAACCACCGCAACUCAACAUCCAGUGACCAGUCCGACCAUCCCCUGCUAAGGAGGAAGAGCAUGCAGUGGGCCCGAAGACUGAGCAGAAAAGGUCCCAAACACUCCGGUAAAACAGCUGAGAAAAUAACCCAGCAGCGCCUGAACCUCUACAGGAGGUCAGAAAGACAAGAGCUUGCUGAACUUGUGAAAAAUAGAAUGAAACACUUGGGUCUUUCUACAGUGGGAUAUGAUGAAAUGAACGAUCAUCAAAGUACCCUCUCCUACAUCCUGAUAAACCCAUCUCCAGAUACCAGACUAGAGCUGAAUGAUGUUGUAUACUUAAUCCGACCCGAUCCACUGGCCUACCUACCAAAUGGUGAACCCAGUCGAAAAAACAGUAUCUGCAACACCACAGGCCAAGACUCUCGGGAGGAAACUCAGCUUUGAUAAAAAAGAAAAUAAGAGACUUUUUUCUCCUACAAGGAUCUUGCUUGAAACAACUCUAAAUCUUAGAAAAAUAAGAGUGUUGCUGGCAUGAAAUAAACUAGAUUGGAGUAUAUCCAAUUCUCUCAUAUUUAAAAAAAAUCUAUUCUCCUAGAAGUUUAGAUUAUUUUGAAAUUUAAAGUACUGCUUUGUUGGUACUCCUCCCAUUAAUAUUUGAAAGACA